AGCUACUCCGGAGUAUGGCGUUAUCAAGGGUAAAGAUUGACCCCAAUGCACAUUAGGUAACCGCGGUCCUGUCGCCACUAUCCCCCGCAAUCCGCGGUGGACCCGUUUUUCCCAGAACGCUUGAUGGCCGAGUUUGGGGGGAGUGUUGGGUUAUAUCCCCGAGAAUGACAGACCCCGGUGGAGGAAACAGGGAAAAGGGAUCAGUGUGCCUCAUGGUGGAGGGUUGUGUCUGUGGUGUGUUGUUCUAUUCUCUUUUCCACCUUCUCUUUCCCUUCCUUUCCAAUACCUCGUCCAAUUGAGUCGACCUCCUUUGAUAGUAUUUUCUCCCAUUCUGGCUCUUUUUUAGUUAGGUCUUUGGUCAAUUGUCUUAUUUUUUUUAACAACGUGCACAACUAUCUUGCAAUGGCCGAUACGUCUGUCAUGAAAGACAUACGGGGGGACGAUGACGCUCAGUUGGCGGCCAUGGGCCAUAAGGCCGAGUUGAAGCGGAAUUUCUCACUUUUGUCUAUGUUAGGACUGGCUUUUGCUAUUCUAAAUUCUUGGACCGCUCUAUCGGCAAGCUUAUCUCUUAGCCUACCGUCUGGAGGCUGUCUCCCCACUGACUUAGUUUUCUACAGGCUUGAUCACGGCAGGUGGCUGGUGGACAAUACCAUUGGGUUGCAGCUUGCAUUGACCGCUACCGGUGGGCUGCUGGGCAGCGAGUUGAUUCUGGGCAUAAUCUCAUUAAUGCAUCCGACCUUUGAAGCACAGCGUUGGCAUCAAUUUUUGAUUUAUACUGGCUAUAAUAUUGCUGCAUUCAUCAUCAACGCCAUCAUGAACAAUGGUCUUCCGUACUUCACUAAAGGUGCCUUUAUUUGGUCCUUAUCCGGAUUUGCCAUCGUCUCGAUAACGCUUCUUGCAUGCUCGUCACCCAACUACAACUCGGGCGAGUUUGUGUUUGGAAAAUUUAUCAAUGAAACAGGAUGGCCGGAUGGCGUUGCUUGGCUACUUGGACUUCUCCAAGGUGGACUUGGUCUUACGGGCUUUGAUGGGGUUGCCCAUAUGAUCGAAGAAAUCCCCAAUCCAUCUGUCGUGGGCCCUAAGAUUAUGAUAGGGUGCGUGUGUAUCGGUACGGUGACGGGUUCAAUCUUUUUGAUUGUGCUCCUCUUUGUUGCCGGUGACAUCUACAAAGUCAUCGACUCUGCUGCAGGAUGUCUUCUGCAGAUCUUCAAGGAUGCAACGGGAAACAAUGCCGGCUCAAUCUGUCUUCUGAUGUUCCCCCUUGUUUGCAUUCUUUUCGCAGCCACCAGUAUCAUGACCACCAGUAGCCGUAUGAUCUACGCUUUUGCAAGAGAUGGCGGCCUUCCUGCUUCCCCCUUCUUUUCUAGGGUUCAUCCGAAGCUCAAUGUUCCACUGAACGCCUUAUAUCUGACUUUUGCUACUAUCACUGUCUUCGGGCUUAUUUUCCUCGGGUCUUCGAGUGCGUUCAACGCUAUUAUCUCAUCAUCAGUAGUGAUGCUUGACAUCGCAUACGGUAUUCCGAUUGCAGUAAACUGCCUACGUGGUCGCACAAUGCUGCCUGAACGCUCAUUUGUUCUCCCCAAUACUUUAGGCUGGAUCGCCAACAUAAUUGCUCUUGCCUACAUCAGCCUCACGACUGUGCUAUUCCUCUUCCCUCCAGUGCUACCUGCGACCGGUAGCAGUAUGAACUACUGUGUCGCUGCUUUUGGUAUUAUUCUUGUCAUCUCGACAUUCCAAUGGGUUGUUGAUGGCCGCAAGAACUUCACUGGCCCACGGGCUGAUGUGGAUAUCCUUGCAGGCGUAAUCGAAGAAGUGCCCACGCAUACUGGGACCGCUGAAACCCAUGGCAAAAGCGAUGGGAAAUGA